CUGGCACGUGCGCCGGAGUUAACGCCAGAACAGGCGUCUUGUUUAUAAUCAAAUGUCACUUAUUUAGAUUUUAGUUAUUAUUCAAAUGCGCCCUGUCCCUGAUCGCGACUGACAGUCGAUCAAGCCGUAUAUUUUUUACACAAAUCACAAGGAUUGCAUUGAACUAGAUUCUUGCACCGUCUUUUAUAUUCCAGAGUGACUACAUCGAACCAGUGACGUAGCUAGAGGGGGGGCCCGAGGGCCAGGCCCCCCCUGGCAGAAUUCCUGGCCCCCUUUCAAAAUAUUAUGUGAAAAAAUAUUUUUAUUUAUUAUGCUUUGCUUUGAAGUUGCAAUACAUGUGUAUUUCAGAUUUUCAGCAUUUUCCUGCCUUCCUAAUAAUUCAGUAUAUAAUUCAAUUACAAUAAUUCACAAUAGUAAUACAGUAAGUCAAGUUAAAGACUCAAUCGAGCCCACUAACAACAUUGAUCAGACUGAUUCCGACAUCGUUCUUUUGAUUUGCCAAGCCUAAUAAAAAUAUCACGGUAAAGUCUUUUACAAUUAAAUUUUUCUUUGACUUUGCUCAUCAUUCACCAACCUCGUACCCAGGUUGGAGGUAAAAUGCUCUGGGUACGAGGUUGUUUGCACUAUACUGAGUAUACUCGGAUAAUUGCGAGGGCGACAUUGACCUAUGCUAUACAGAUUUGAAUUUUUUAUGUCUCUAUGUACUAUUUAGCUGCUCGUAUUGGCCGCUACCCUAAAAUGUAGCUACCCUUGCAUUGGCGGUUAGCCUUAACGACAACGAAGGGCGGAUUCGAUAGUGCAUUAAAAAGGCAUGUACAGCCUGUUAUAUUUUACCUUCUUGAGUUGCCCCCCCUCAAAUAUUUUCGGCCCCCCAUGACAUGAAAUCCUGGCUACGCCACUGCAUCGAACAAAAGAAAAACACUACUUCAGUUAUAUUUCAUUUUACAAAAAUUAGCUUCUUGAUUCAUUGACCAACCAUUAAAUCACCAGCUGUAUCUAUACGCAUUAUUUGGGCCAAAAUUUGACUUUUCCCAAUUCUGAUUCCAGCUGUUUAAAUUUAUAUACAUUUAAAACUGUGUGAAAGUUUUUGGACACCCUUGCAGGCAGGUAAAUGACGAGAUAUGAUUGUGUUCGUCACGAGGAAAUAUCUUAAAAUUCAUUGAUAAACCUUGAUAAAAGAAUAAGAAAGAUAAGCUUUGAUAUCAGUUCAAGUCUUUCACAAGAACAGAGACAAAAUUGAUUGAUAUAAUAGUCAAAAUCGAAGUAAUUCGAAGUUUCCUUAAUCCAAACAAGAAAUUUUCAAUGAAAACACUGGGUCUACACUGACUUGGGUUUCACUCACAAGGCAAAAUGUACAAAAGUGGAAAAAAAUAUACACCGUUGAAUGAAGAUCAGGAAGAGCUGAAGCUGAGCUGUUUUCCCUCGGAUUCUAACCAAAAUGCCCCAGGAUAUUACUUUAAGUAUUUCAUUCAGCCUUUAAUGGCUGAGCUUAUCGGUGUCAUGUUUUUCGUAUUUGUUGGCGUUACUUGUUUAUCUCCCAUUGCAACGGAAGCAGGGCAAAUAGUUGCUGCUCUAGCCCAUGGAUUCAUUCUGUUUGUUAUGGUCGCAAUCACUGCCACAGCGAGUGGUGGACAUCUCAAUCCCGCGGUUACCCUUGGAUUAACAAUCGUGCGCGGACUGCCGCUAAUUUUGGCUCCUUUCUAUGUCUUGGCUCAGUUAUUGGGAGGAAUCAUUGGCGCUGCUCUAGCAAGGGCAGCGAUGAGCUCAUCAGAUUAUCAUAAUGUAACAGGGGGUAUACACCAACUUGGUGAAAAUAUCGACCCAGGACAAGGAAUACUGGCCGAGGCAGUUGCGACCUCCAUCUUGGUUCUUGCUGUACUCAUGGUCGCAUUUGAUGAAAACAACAAAAGUGUCCUUGCCCCCUUGGCUAUUGGUUUGUCGGUUGCUGGGGGAAUAUUUGCAAUUGGAAAUAUUUCAGGAGCGUCAAUGAAUCCUGCACGAAGUUUCGGUCCGGCUCUCGUUCGAAAUUCUUGGAAAAAUCAUUAUGUGUACUGGGUUGGCCCGAUUAUUGGAAGUUUGUUUUCGACCUUAAUGUACGGUUUGUUUUUGGCGUCACCAAACAAAUUGUGGCUUCCUAUCCAUGAGCCAGUCAACUAAAAACGAUUAUGAAAUCCUGUAAUGUCUAAGAUAUCGUUCAUUUAAUGUAGUAGCAUGAUAGUUGUCGCACAAUAAAAUAAAUUUGAC